AAUACAUAUUUUUUUUGGAAGUCUCACUUAAUGUUGUAUUGCUUAAGUACUCAUAAAUAAAAGAAAUGAUAGGUACGUUAUUAAGUGAAAAUUUAUAUUAAUACAAGUAUACUUUCAAAAUUUUUUCAAUGAUUACAAAUAAUAAAUAAUUAACUAUAAAAACCCGGCACAUAAAAAUGUUUAAUCUUAAUAUUUCAAAAACAGUGUGCUAUUUCAUCUUUAUUAUCUUAAGCAAUGUUCAAGGAUAUCAAGAAAUAGAAAGUUUUAAAACGGCAAAAGAGAGAUAUACUUUGGAUUUAAGAGGAUGUUCUUUAUUUGAAAAACAAUGUUUACAGUUAGAUGAUGAUCUUGAUAUUUUGUCUUGUGCAUUAAAUACAACUCAUAACAACAAAACUCAAAUUCCAUUUAUUUGUCAACAUAAAAUUUGGUCGCAUCAAGCUGAUUUACUUAACAGUAAAUUCCUCGAAAAUAAAUUGAGAAUACCAUGUCAGGACGAAAAUGGUAUUAUAGAUUGCCUGGGCACAAAUUUGAACACUAUAGACUGUGUUUUGAAAAAAAAACCAAUUUUAAAAAAUAAAUCAUGUUGGAGGACUAUAAACAAAUUAGAAACAUUGAUUUUUAAUGACUGGCAGAUAACAGGAAAUUUUUUGAAGAAUUGCUUGGAUGAUAUUGAGGUACAUAAUUGUGGUAGAAUACCACAAGAUCCGAAAAGCCUUUCCCAGACACAUACAUUGAUAUGUCUUCAAAGUCUAGAGGAAACAUUGCGUCCAGAAUGCCAAACAGAAAUGACUGCUUUAAAAGAAAUGAAAUACAGUUCGUUACAAAUUGAUAAAAUUGUUUUUGCUGCCUGUAAUUUAGAUCAAAAGAACUUUUGUCCAGAUGAAGUUCCUGAUUCAUUAUUGAUGUACAAAUGCCUUGUAAGACAUAAAUUUGAAAAUGCUAUGACUAAACGGUGUCAAGAUCAACUAUUUUAUGUUCAAAGAAACAUGGUUAUGAAUUAUAAAAUGAGUAAGGGUUUGGUAAAAUCAUGUAAAGAAGAUAUCCGUAAAUAUCAUUGUCGCAAAGGAGUAGUUGAUGAUAAAGGGGUACGACUAGCACAAAUUUUACUGUGCUUAGAAAAUAUUUCACGAAACGAGAGCAUAAAACUUUCCCCUGAAUGUGUUGCUGAAAUGACUGAUCAUAGAAAAAUGCUUAUGGAUGAUUAUAGGUUAUCGCCAGAAUUGAUGCAGAAUUGUGCCAAUGACAUAACAAUGCUAUGUAGAGGAAUCGAAGUUGGUGGUAAAACAAUACAUUGCCUAAUGGAACAUGCCAGACCGAGAAAACGAAAAGACAAACGAAUAAGCUUAGCUUGUCAAAGAUCUUUAGAGAUAUUAGUACAAGAAGCUGAUCCAGGUGAAGAUUGGAGAGUUGAUCCGAUCCUACACAAAGCAUGCAAACCGGUUGUGGAUAGAGCUUGUAGGGAAGUAAAUGGUGGAAAUGGAAGAGUGAUGUCUUGCCUCAUGGAAAAACUAGGUACAACUGUAAUGACAACAGACUGUGAAAUAGCAUUGCUACAAAUACAAUACUUUAUAUCCAGAGACUUUAAACUUGAUCCACAAUUAUAUAAAGCAUGUAAAUUUGAUGCUGUAACUCAGUGUAGAGCUAGACUACAUUGGGCUGAUAUUAAUGAACACCCAUCUGAAAAAGAUCCCUUAAUACUACCAUGCCUUUAUAAUUAUGCCUAUAAUUCAGAACUCAAAGGUAUACUGAAACCAGCAUGUGAACAACAAGUGAGAAGAGUGAUGCGACAAAGAGCAGUCAGUGUUGAUUUACUUCCUGAGAUUGCUGACACUUGCAUAGAUGACUUGGCCAAUCUUUGUUUUGAAAAUACUGGUAAAGGAGAAGAAAUUAUGUGCUUACAAACUAAAAUAAAGGAGCUUUCAUCUAAAUGUAAAGAGGCUGUAACCAACUUUACUGAAACACAAAGUGAUCAUAUUGAAUUGAAUCCUGUAGUUAGCACAAAUUGUAGAGUUCCCAUUGAAAAAUUGUGUUCGUCUGAACUUAAAACCAAAAAAGAUGAAGAUGAUAUUAUAGAAUGCUUAAUUGUGCAUAAAAAUGAUCCAGAAAUAAAAUCUAAUGUAAAAUGUAGAGCUGCCAUUGAACAUGAGCAAUUGAUUUCCUUAAAAAAUUAUAGGUUUACUAGAAAGUUUAAGAAUGCCUGUAAAUCAUAUGUUAUGAGAUUCUGUCCAAAGGCACAAACAAAGUUGCAAAUUGUUAUUUGUUUAAGUGAAAUAAUAAGAAAUGAUACUAUAACUAGAAGGAAACAUACAAUAUAUAAAGAAUGUCGUCAACAACUUAGAAGUCAACUAUUUCAACAGAAAGAAAGUAUUGAUUUAGAUCCAGAUCUCAAGGAUGCUUGUAAAAAAGAUUUACAAGAGUUUUGUCCCUUAGUACCUCAUGCAGAAUCGGCAGCCUUAGAAUGCUUACAAACGGCAAAAGGGAAAUUAAGUGAGAGUUGUAGAAAGGCAAUAUUUGUAGUAAGAAAACAAGAAUUUUCAGACAAUGGUGUUGACUAUCAUUUAGUAACAAGCUGCAAUGACAUGAUAGAUUUGUACUGUCACAAUACUGAACCAACAGUCCUUUUAGAUUGUUUAAAGGCCCAUCGUUUGGAAGCAGACUUCGAUAACAAUUGUAAGAUUGUAGUUGUUACAAGAAUGAUAGAACAAAAUAUGGAUUAUCGGUUUAACAAUAACUUACAAAACUCUUGCAAGGGAGACAUAAAAAGGUUUUGUUCUGACGUAAUUGCUAAUGAACCACAAGAUGUAGAACUUCAAGGAAAGAUGUUAUAUUGCUUGAAGGAGAAAUUUAGGGAGUCCAAACUUGAAAAAUCCUGUGAAAAUGAGCUGGCAAAUGUGUUAAAGGAACAAGCAUUAAAUUAUCGCCUUGAUCCCCUCUUAGGCAAAUUAUGUAAAGCAGAAAUACAAACAAUAUGUUCAGUGCCAAAUGACUCUAUUACGAAUUCUGAUGGUCAGGUGGAAGAAUGUUUGAAGAAUGCACUAUUAAAUCAUAAAAUUGUAUCAGCUGAAUGUGCUCGUGAAGUUGUACAAAUAAUAGAAGAAACUGAAGUUGAUAUUGAAGCUGAUCCCCUAUUGGAGCGCGCAUGUGCUCUGGAUUUAUUAAAGUACUGCAAAGAUCUUGAACAUGGAGCUGGCAGACGUUUAAAGUGUUUAAAAAUAAUUCUUAAUGAUAGUAACAGGAAGCUUGAAGCAGAAUGUCAAAAAGAAUUAUCAAGUAGAUUGGAAAUGUACAGAUAUGUUGCAUCAGUAAAUGUGAUUGAAAAUUUUGGAGAUGUGUAUGAUGAAAUAUCAUCAUCACCAUCCAAGAAGUACUUUUUAGUUGUAGGAAUAUCAAUUGUAGGAUUAAUUUUUAUAUUUGGUUUAUAUUGUGGUCGUAUGACAAAAAAGGCUAUGUAUAUAAAAAGAAAAUAGACACAUUUGUGUAAUACCUAGUUUAAUAAUAUUCUUAUUAGUAAAAAAUUAUUCUUUCCACUCAGUAAUCUCAUCAAAGUCCAUAUCUUCAAUAUUAUUGGAAUCUGUUUUAAUUAUAUUAGACUUUUCUUCUUUCUUUACCUCAAUUUUAAUAUCACCUUUUACAAGUUUCUGACUUUCUUCAAAGAAUUGAUUGGGAUGAUUAAUACCUAAGCCAAGAUCUGUUUUGUUAACUGCAUCAAAAUAUUUACUACAUGCAAUUUGGUAGUGACCUUUCUUGGCCAUAUCUACGACAUCAUUUACAGCUGUAAGUAAAAUAAUUGAAAUUUUAAUAAAUUUAAGUAAUGAAAUUAAUAAAGUCAUUAAUUA